GCGGGGGGGGAGUGGAACAGCAUCACCACCGGGAUGAGCGCGGCCGAGGGCCGGCCCCGGUGCCGGUGGGGCGGCGGCGGCGAGGCGGUUCUCCGUGCCCGUGCCGAGGCUGCCGGUUACCGGAGGCUGCUGCGAGCCCGAGCCGCCGAGGUGGAGGCGCUGCGCGGGGCGGUGGGCGCGUUACACCGGCAGCUGGAGGGGCUGCGGGACCGGCGGAGCGGGGAGCUGGCCAAGUACCAGGAGCGGGUGGCGGAGCUGGAGCGGGAGAUCGGGGCGGCGGAGGCGGAGAUGGCCCGGUGCCUGCGGGAGUACCCGGCGCUGCUGCGGCUGCGGAUGGCGCUGGAGGCGGAGAUCGCCGCGUACCGGGAGAUGCUGGAGAGCGAGGAGCUGCGCCUGGGCGGUCUGGCCCCGCCGUGAUCGGACCCCCGGAGCCCCGGUCCCACCACUGGACCCGCCGUGACCACCGGACCCCCGGCACCGUGACCGGACCCUCAGCCCCACCACCAGACCCCCCGUCCCGCUGUGACCGGACCCCGGUCCCUCCACCGAACCCCAGACCCUCGACUCCUGUGCCCCAGGACCCCCGACCUCGGGCCGUGGUACCCUCGGACCCUCUGGAUCCCUCUGGACUCGCAGAGUCUUGGUCCUUCUGCCCCCUCGUGCCACGGGCCCCCAGACUCCUGUGCCCCCGCCUGCCCCCUGUCCCGGGACCCCCGGGAGGGCAGCGCCCGCGGGGCCACACACUCACCAGCCUCUCUGGGGUGGGGGUCCCGGCCCAGACCCGUGGGCAGCACCUCAAUAAAGCUCCGUGGCAUCAC